UCUCUCUCUCAUCUCUCAAUUCCUCACAAACUUCUCUCACUCCACAAACCCUUCUCUCUUUCCAUUUUUCUCUCUAUCCUACUAGCUUUUGCUACUUGUAUCCACUUGUUCAUUCAUUUGGGCACUUUCAUUUUGGUGCUUUUUCAAUUGGGUACUUGUUUGUUUUUGUGUUUGUGUGGCAACCCAAAUGGCUGUGUCUGGUUUUGAAGGGUUUGAGAAGCGCUUGGAGCUACACUUCUUUGGGGAUGACCCUAAAAAUAUGGGCACUCUUGGGCUUGGCCUCAGGCUUCUUGACUUUGACUCCAUCCAAGAAGUCCUAGAUGAGGUCCAAUGCACCGUGGUCUCGGCCGUAGCCAAUCACUACUUCGAUGCCUACGUGUUAUCCGAGUCCAGCCUCUUCGUCUACCCUACCAAGAUCAUCAUCAAGACCUGUGGGACCACCCAGCUCCUCAAAUCCAUCCCUCCCCUCCUCCGCCACGCGUCGCUCGAUCUCGGCCUCACCCUCUCCUCCUGUCGCUACACCCGCGGGAACUUUAUCUUCCCAAGAGCCCAGCCCUUUCCCUACACCAACUUCCAAAACGAGGUCGUUUACUUGGAAGAGUCUCUCCCCGCUGCUCUCUGCUACCGCAAGGCCUCCGUCAUGCCCUCCAAAACCCCCUCGCACGCCUGGCACGUGUUCUCCGCGUCCACCCAGAACACGACGUGUCGUUUCGGAGACAGCGACGAAGACGAUUUCUACACCCUCGAAAUCUGCAUGACCGAGCUCGACCGCGACCUCGCCCGCAACUUCUUCCGCCGUCCCGGCGACGACAAGAACGGUGAUUCCGCCGGCAAAGAGAUGACGGAGCUCACGGGGAUUUCCCAAAUUAACCCCAGGGCUCUGAUCUGCGACUUCGCAUUCGACCCUUGCGGCUACUCCAUGAACGGGAUCGACGGCGAUCGCCACUCCACGAUCCACGUCACUCCGGAAGACGGCUACAGCUACGCGAGCUUCGAGUGCGUCGGGUCGGUCUACGACGACCGCGAAGACGUGGUUCGGAUGCUGAAGAAGGUCGUGCAGGUGUUCCGGCCGGCGACAAUGUCCGUGUCGACCACGUGCGAGAGCCACGAGGUGUGGACACGUGUCGCGGGGGCAUUGGAGCCGCUGGGGUUCAAGUGCCGGAGCUGCGCGGCUGAUGAGUUCCCGGCUGCCGGAACGGUGGUGUAUCAAACGUUCGUGGAUCGCCGGAGUAAUAAUUACAAUAAUAAAUCGUAAUUAAGUGGGGUAUUUAAAUUUGAAUUAGAAAUUAGGUGAAAAUUUUAGAGGGAUCGGACGGCGGAGGUGCGAGAAGAAGACGACGAUGAUAAAAAUGGUAGAAAGAAAGAGAAAAGUGGGGAUGUGGUGGGGAUAAGUAGUAGAGAUGGAUGAAAAAGGGGGGUUUGUUACUACUUGGGGGUAUGAUAAGUAAGAGGUAGCAUGAUGAUAAUGCACCCCACUUAGGCAUGUCACGCCUAAGAUUUUGAGGUUUGUGGUGAUAGUAGUAGUAGUAGUAGUAGUAGUGGGGAUUAAAAGUGCUUCUUUCUUGAGAGCUUUUCUUUCUUCUAUUCUCAUCUCUUAUUCUAUUCAUUUCCUACUUCCUUUUUGGGGAUUUUUUUUCAUUCCCUUCCCUUGUCUCCUUGUCCAUGUGUUUUGUUGCUAAUUACUUCAUCAAAAGAACAAAUCCCUUUUUAUA